AUGCCACCCGCGGGCAGCUCGCGCACUGCGGUGGCCACCACAGCUUCAGACCGCCGUCAAUCAACGCGACAAGGCCGUACGAGCGUUACGAGACCUACCAAUUACUAUGCGCGCACCUUCGCGGGCAGACUCUCUGCCAUGGGCGGGCUGGAACAGACACCGCCUGCGGUGAAUUCGAACCCGGGAUUCCUCCCAGCCCUCACACACUUCACACAGGCCGUAGAUGCGUUUCCAAAAGAACUCAUUAAACACUUUUCUAUGUUCAAGGAAGUGGAGGCGAAAAUGCACGAUUCCGAGCAGAUGCUCGAGCAGCUCUUCCGAGAGAUCGCGCGCCAACCCGUCCCAACCGUCCGCGAGCGACACUCAGCCACCCAGACCCUCGCAGCGGGUGACAACAGCGCAAAUAACAGCCUUCCUACCGACCGCAGCGGCCUCCCUCAGUCCGAGCAGGCUCAGCUUGAGCGCCGCGAGCUGUUCCUCCGUCUGCGUGUCGUUCUGGCAUCAAUGCUUGCGACGCUGGACGAGAAGAUGGUUGUACUGAACUCAGCCAAAGGAACUAAGGACAGAGGUCUUGCGCGCAUGCUCAAUUCCUACGCCCACCUCGAUGAAGAGAUCAGCGAGGAGGCUCGCUAUGGAAGCCUCACACACUGGGCCUAUGCCGACAAGGAAGAGAAGAAGAAAGGCGGAGCAUCACACGAGCGACAACGAAGAGAGGUGGUCGCAGCGAACAAUCUCGCUGCUGCCGCGCAGCAUGUUCACGAUGUUGACUCAAUUGCUGCUAAGAGCGAAGCUAGACGCGAGGCCAUGUUGGCCAACAAACGAAACCGACACAACCACGUCGACUCCGAAUUCGAAGAUCGCCCCGUCAAGAAAACCCAUAAACGUAAGGCGGUCGCAGCAGAUGCGGGUGCCGCAGUUGGGUUGGGUAUCAUGAGUAACGGAGUGGCACAACCAGGAGGCAAGCGGAAGAAGACCGAGAAAGCAUUGGCUGCGGCCGCUGCGGCCACAGCAGCCGCUCCAGCAAUGGAGAGAUCGCUCAGCGGUGCGCUCAAAGCUGCUGGAGGAAGUGGGAGGGGUGGCGGCAGCCCAAGAGCUACACCUGCAACAGAGGGUGGUCCAAAGCGAAAGCCUCGUACUGGCCUGGAACAAGCUCAGCGGAAGAAUCAGUUGCCUACCCAUUCUCCCCCUCUUGCUUCAUCACCACUUGCUUCAAGCUUCGCCAUUUCCAAGGCGACAGGCGGAGCUGCUGAUCGGCCAGCAUCUGCUCGUGCUAGAAAGAAUUCGACCGCAAACUCGGUGGCCUCAGUCGCUCAAGAGGCACCAAACGGUCGUCGCCCAUCCUCCUCACACUCCAUACGCCCUCCUCCGACAACCACUGCUGUGGAAGAGCCCGAGCAACCGGUAGCAACUACCCGGGAAACCACGUCGACAAAAGUCCCUACACCUAAGGAAGUCCCCGAGCCUCCUCAACCUCCCAAACCUUCCACUCUCAAACACGAAGAACCUGAGGUUGAAGAACCUGAAAAGAUGGAAAUCGACGUCCCUACACCAGCCCCAGUCAACACAACCAAGGCCAGCAAAUCAUCCAAAACAGCUACGCCUGUCGUCAGCACAUUCCCCGAAAUACCUAUGGCGCGAAGUCGAAGCACACGCAACGCCAACAACGGCAAUGGCAACGGCACUUCCCAGACAUCAUCCGAGAACAACAGCACUUCCACUGGAACAGUCUCGAAGCGUGGUCCCAAGAAGAGUGCACAAACGACAAACAGUGCAGCCUCUCCCGCUCUCAAGGCUACCAAAGAGGUUACGAAGCCCGAUCCACCAUCUUCUGCGUCGUCCGUGGCGCCCGAUCCCGAGUACAGCGACGGGGCCGAUGAAGAUGGUGAUGAACCCCGAUUCUGCUUCUGUAACGAAGUCUCCUACGGAGCCAUGGUGGGCUGUGACAACGAGUCAUGCCCGCGAGAAUGGUUCCAUCUGGCCUGCGUCAACUUGGACAAGCCACCGCCAUCGCGCACCAAGUGGUUCUGCAGCGACCAGUGCAAGGAGGCCUACAACCGGACCACUGGCAAGGGAAAGGGCGGUCGUCCGGGAAGCAGUAGACAAUAG